UCUCCAAACAGCUGUGCUGUGGACCCCGUCACAAAUUAAUCAGUUCUUCGUUUAAGAAUAUCUGCAUUUUUCUACAAGAUAAAACAUCAAGCAGUCAUGGCGACUCAUACCCACACCAUAGCGGUAGCUGCGAACUCUGGGAUUUAAAUUCUACUGUGAAAACAGAAAAAGUAAAGUUUCUGCAUCAACAGUGGAGGCAAGACAUUUACUGUUGAGGUUUUCUUGGGUUCUCAAAGCUUUUAAUAUUUGAGACUUGUACUUAGGGAGAACAACUGACAAGCCAGCAGAACCACAAGCCAGCACAAGACAGACUAUAUUUAUUAGGAGGACGUGAUGAAGAGGAGGAGCUCUUCAUUAACAUCCAUUGGUGAGCAAGAGGAGGAAGAAGGACAAAGAUGUGACCGAAGACAAAGCCUAAGAAAAAAAAAGCCUGUCCACUACAAGGAUCCUGACGACAACAAUGAGGAUGAUGAUGAUUAUGAUGAUGAUGAGGAGGAGGAGGAUGAGAAUUACGAUGAUACACCACCAUACAGUUGGGAUAAAGAUGUAGAAAUGUGGCCUGUAAUCUGUGGGAGCAAAGAGGGAAUGAUGGACGUCAAAAAACUUGCAAAAAGUGAGGAAUGUAUUGAACGUGAGGGUCGCCUGUUUUCUCCACCUGCCUUCGAGGAAUUUGGAGGAAAAGGUUCCUUCAAGAAAUGGAAGACCUCUAUAUACUCUGGUGGAAAGCCUCUCCAGUAUUGGUUUGAUGAAGGCCUCCUGGUCACAGGGAGGUUUAAAGGAGCAAAGAAUUUCAAGAAAAGAAUCAAGAAUUAUCAGAACAAUGGAUAUAAAUCAUCAUACACGACAAGACAAAAUGGCUCUCUAGGAGGAUCUAAUCACUCCGGAGAGUCAGAAGCAGAGAUUACAGAAGACUCCGAGGAAGAGGAUAUUAGUGAGAGACAUUCAGGCACUGAAAACUGGGACCUGAGCAUGGAGGAAGAGGAAGGGAGAGUAUCUGUUAGAAAUGAUGGUGACUAUGUGAACUCAGACCAUUCAGAGGAAAAACAAGAUGAUAAACUGGAUCAGGAUGAAAUAGAAGAUGAUUGGGAGGAGUUUGACAACCCUGAAAACAUCUUUGCUCCUAAAGAAGCCGAUCCAAGGUUGAUCAUUUCAACACCUGAGAAAAUCGCACUGCAGAUGAGAGUGAACGUUAUGAUCGAAAAAAUGCCAUCAGUAGGACAAAAAUCUGUGCACAAAUACUUCAGUUAA